AUGAAGCCGUCGCCACGCAGAGUAACUGUAGUUUUUGAAUCUAUCUCACAUGCUUGGGAGAGUAUGGAACAUCCGGAUCCUUGGGGCUUUCAGCUUCAUUCGAUCACGCAGAUUGAGCGAUCUACAUCUUCCAAUCAGGUAGUGUGGCUCUUCUAUGACUAUACCUCCCUUUAUCAGUAUGGCGAGCGGACGGAGCUACAGGAACAUCUCUUCCGACAAGCACUUGAUCAUAUGCACACCUUGUAUGCGCAUGAAGCAGUCAAGGUUCACAUUCUUGAUGAGCUUACACCAGCCACAUGGAAGCAUCAGGGCUCGAUUCAAGCAUACUCUGAACGAGGACGUGCAGUGCUGGCAAUGUCUAUUGAUCAGCUCAAGCUGAAUACUACGCCCUACAUGCUACGAGGAUGGUGUCAGGCGGAGAUGCAGUGGGCAAGCCUAAGGAUCUCACUGGAAAGAUCAUUCCCUCUGCCGCCAGAGCUGUUCCGGAAAAGGGUGGAUGAAUUAGGCCUCCAAUUCACACAUCAAGACGACAAAGAACUAGUGAUGAAGCUCCAGCAAAAGGUAUUUGAGGAAAAAGUCUUGAGUACUAGACAGCUUGAAGUGGCCGGGAAUCUUAACGAGGAGGCACUUGAAGUCCUUUGUGCGGCCUUGCCUUUUUACAAAGAGCUUGAUGAGAUUGUCGUAAAUGGCAACAGGCUCUCAGGAAGUGCAGCAGUGGCCGUGGUGCGGACCCAAGCGAAGUUCCUGCAGAUGGAGUCGUGUGGGCUGAAGGAUGAAGAUGUGGAGCGUUUGGUGCUGGAAUGGAAGUCUUCCCGAGCAGAGAAGAUCUAUACUUGGCGAACAACGACUUUGGCCACAAGGGUUUUCAAGCUCUGA